GGGCUCACUCGCGGACAGGAGGAGAGAGAGACGCGCUCCAAUGAGAAAAGUUUACUUGUUCUUCCCCCGCACAGUCCCACAGCUGAGGGCAUUGAUGUGAGCGCAGAGGCUUAGAGUUUUUUACGCGCACUUCUUUCCCCCCAUCUUUCACCUUCACACACGGAGCACAAAUCCACCUUCUCACCUUUAGUUUAGCGCGUGUCUGUCAUUUCUUUCUUUUCCUUUUCCUUCCUUUUAUGAAUGAUUCUCUCUCGCAAUACUUCUUCCAAGAUAUCCUCGGAUACUUCUUCUCCGCCGCAGUCCUCGUCCGCACGACCUCACCUCGGCACAUCCUCUCUCGUCAAGUUCAAACGCCACCAAGACUUUCACGGCAGCUUUAGACGCACUUGGGGGAAAUAUCACGCCACGAGGAAACUCUUGAUACUUUCUGAAGCAACCACGGCAGCGGAGGCGACCGACAACAUGAGUCUCAAAGCUGACGCAGAGCCCAAUAACAAUGUCUCCAUCGAGGAGGAGGUGAGUACGAACGCUGUUGUCAGCGGCCUACCUGUCGAUAUCAAACCACGGGAACUUUACCUUCUCUUCAGACCAUUUAAGGGUUAUGAAGGGUCACUGAUUAAGUUAACAUCAAAACAGCCAGUCGGGUUUGUAACCUUUGACAGUCGCACUGGAGCUGAAGCUGCAAAAAAUUCACUUAAUGGUAUCCGUUUUGACCCCGAAAGCCCCCAGACCCUGCGCUUAGAGUUUGCUAAAGCCAACACGAAGAUGGCAAAGAGUAAGCUGAUGGCCACACCGAACCCCACAAAUAUCCACCCUGCUCUAGGAGCUCACUUCAUUGCACGGGACCCAUAUGAUCUGACGGGGGCAGCACUGAUCCCAGCAUCUCCGGAUGCCUGGACUCCGUACCCCCUGUACACCACGGAGCUGACCCCGGGCCUCCCUCACGCAGCCUUCACUUACCCAGCGGCUGCUGCCGCUGCUGCAGCCCUCCACGCCCAGAUGCGCUGGUACCCUACCCCCUCUGAGACUUCCCAGCCUGGAUGGAAGUCCCGGCAGUUUUGUUAGAUGUUUAGCCUCUGGAAACCACACCUUUGUCCAGCUGAAGUGAGGUUUGCCAAGCUCUUCAUUAAUUUAAUCAGGUUUAUUUAAUGGACAAAUGUGCAUUACUAUAAACAACAGUAUUUAUAUCUUCUCACGAUUGUCUGUGGGGGGAGCCUGAGUUGAAACCAUCUUGCUGUCGACAAUCUGAGCUUUUCCUUGGCAACUAUUGCGGUACCAUCCUAGCACUUCAUGUAAAAUAAAUAAAUAAAUAAAUAACCUCAUGCAAAGCCCAGUAUCAAACUCCAUGGGUCAUAUUUGAUGAGGAGAAUUUGACAAAUUGAAGUUACCGUUGUUAAGCUAGUCCUUCCUCGAGUCACCGCUGCUCCUGGGAGGUUUAGAGGCGUUAAGAGUCAUUGCAUGUUAGUCUUUAUGGCAUGAAUUUAGAACGCAGAGUUCUGUGUAUCCUAAUUUUCUUAGUGUUUGUGUUGCCUCGCUCUACCUUGGCCUAGACAGCGAAAUGUUUUGUUUUUCCUGUAGAACCUUGGUCUUACCUCUGUGAAAGCUAGGCUGUUGUGUAAAUGGCUUAUCUCGCAUGGACCUUGUGAAUGCAUCCCUUCGUUCUAUGACAACCCCAGUCCUUAUGAUCAUAUCAGUGUCUGUCAUUAUUUGAGCAAAGGAAAGUACAAAUAUUUUUGUACUUUUUUGUGUAAUGUAUAUUUAUGCAUUUUUGUGCAACUAAAUAAUGAAACCUGUAUAAGUUGGAUGGAUUAGUCGUCUCUUGUGUUCUUGGUGUUACUUUAUGAUCCUAUAAUCCUGUUGACGUAGUUUUAAAGAAGAAAAAAGUGCAAUUUGUUUAAAGGGGAAAUGGGCAUCUGUCAAAAAAAAGGAAGUAUUCCGAAGGUGGCUUGUGCCAUUCUGCUAAAAUGAGAUUGCUGUAAAACGAUCUUUCAGAAUGUGAAACUGGACUACAAACGAAAAAGGGUUGUUUUUUUGGGGGUGACCAUUUUGAAAUGGGAAGCAGGAUUAGAGUGAUGGAGGAAUUUAGUUUGUGGUUUAGAAAAUGUUUGUCUUUGUAUCUGCUGUGCAUAAGAUGUAAAAAAUAUUCUCAUCUUAUGAAUAAAAGAAGUGAAUGCAUCUCUGUUUGGGCAUCUGUCAUUUAUCGCUGCAGCCAAUCAAAGUUAACAAACGCUCUCACAAUAUGUGCUGACGACCAGAAGUGAAGUCUGCGGACCUCAGAUGUUGACAUCAAUAAUUCACAACAGCUUUUCAUUUGUAAUGCCCCGCUGCAUUAGUGUCUCUUUGCAUCAUACGUGGCGUUGACCUCGACACUCUCCCCUCAUAAGCUGGUGAGAUUCUCUGUUCAGUCGACCGUGACGGCUCCUCCAGGGACCCCUAAGUGACUCCAUACCACCAGCUGCCUGAUGGUGGUGACUGUGCAGGUGGCCCACUGUUGACAUCGGUCCAUAUUGUGCCACUCAAUUAUUGGUAUAGAAUACCUUCCACUGUAAAUGAGCAAUUCUCCAUGACAUCCAUAGCCAACAAUGCAGGUUACCGCAUUAGUGAAAUGAAUUCAAUACAAGGUUUGUACAGCUGUACAUGAAGGACUUUGCAGCAUAACUAAUCGUGGCACAAGAAUGAGUGUAAUUGUGAUUUAUUAUAGAUGUUCAUUUUAUUUGUUUGAACCAGACUGAUAUUGCAUCAAAUGUUGCCUUUUGUUUAAUCAUGUAUACAUAAAUCUGUGCUUGAAUCCUU